AUGACAGACUCCGAAGAAGCAAUGGAGGGUGAACCUCUGCCAGGACAGUCGGCGCAAGUACCACAGGGGGUCUGCGAGACUCUGGCGCCCCAGCGUGGCCGUCCACCAUCACGCCACUGUUUGGCAGUAAGAACGAUCAAGUGGCACCUCCGGUCUAUGAAGAUGCAGGUCAAUUUUCCCCCAUGCAAAGCAGAUAACUUGUGCAAACAACUGGGCAAAGGUCAAGAGAAAAAAGACAGAGGACAUUGGGUUGCUGUGCUGCGCGGUUUCAUCUACGCAUGUCGGCCUUACUUUAACUUCCUGGAAUCCACGGCCAGAACCUUGAUGUUGUCCUCUGACAUUGAACGUGUGCAGCUUUUGGCGUUCUCUCAACAAAUGUGUGACACAGUGGAACGUCUGGUGCUGAAUUUCGCCAGCCGCAAGCUCCUCACUUUGGAUGAGACCCAGCCUGACAAUAUGUCUCACUUCUGCAUCGGCCAAAUACAGCUGGACCAACUGAAGCUGAGCGUGACCAUGUUCCGCUACUGUAAGCCCACGCCUUACCUAGCGAGGGUUAACACCGGUGUGUACAAGCGCAUGCGCUGGAACGUGGAGAGACUCGAUGGAGCGCACAAGCCCGAGACAAAGUACUACUACCUGUGCUACGAGGAUGUUCCCAAUCUGCACGUCAACGGUAACAAAUCAGAUUCUACAGGGGUGCGGAUGUGGUCCAUUGGUCAAUGGGUGCAGGUGAAACCUGACCCCAGCAUGGAGGACAUCUUUGACUGGGUGCUGUGUGACGUUCCAGUGGGCGCCUUCAAGAAGCUGCUGUUUGUGGGCAAACACGAGCCGUCCAGCUGCACGGCCACCGACCAAAUGCUGCAGCUGCUCACGUCCCAGGAGGACGUCUCAUCUCAGUCAUCUUCAGUUAGGAGCUUCUCUGAGGUUUGA